GGCGCGAGGAGGGGGCCCCGGGCGCCAUCGCUCCUCCGCGCCCGCGCCGGCGCCCUCCGCGCACGAUGGCUGCCCCCGAGUGAGGUGCGCUGCGGCCUGGCCUGGGCGGGGCGUGCCCCCAGCUGCUGUCUGCUCCCCGGCCGGGGCCGGGAGGCAGCCCGUUGCUAGGCAGCCGCGUGGCCGGCGGGGCGGGGCGGGCGGGGCCUGCGGGCCGCGGGCAUGGACCAGUACUGCAUCCUGGGCCGCAUCGGGGAGGGCGCGCACGGCAUCGUCUUCAAGGCCAAGCACGUGGAGACCGGGGAGAUCGUGGCCCUCAAGAAGGUGGCCCUGCGGCGGCUGGAGGAUGGCAUCCCCAACCAGGCCCUGCGGGAGAUCAAGGCGCUUCAGGAGAUCGAGGACAAUCAGCACGUGGUGCAGCUGAAGGCUGUGUUCCCUCACGGUGCAGGCUUUGUGCUGGCCUUCGAGUUCAUGCUGUCGGAUCUGGCUGAGGUGGUGCGCCACGCCCAGAGGCCACUGGUCCAGGCGCAGGUCAAGAGCUACCUGCAGAUGCUGCUCAAGGGUGUCGCAUUCUGUCAUGCCAACAACAUCGUGCAUCGGGACCUGAAACCAGCCAACCUGCUCAUCAGUGCCUCAGGCCAGCUCAAGAUAGCAGACUUUGGCCUGGCCCGGGUCUUUUCCCCAGAUGGCAGCCGUCUCUACACGCACCAGGUGGCCACCAGGUGGUAUCGAGCCCCUGAGCUGCUGUAUGGCGCCCGCCAGUAUGACCAGGGUGUCGACCUAUGGGCUGUGGGCUGCAUCCUGGGGGAAUUGCUGAACGGGUCGCCUCUGUUUCCUGGGGAGAAUGAUAUCGAACAGCUCUGCUGCGUGCUUCGGAUCUUGGGCACCCCUAGCCCUCAAGUCUGGCCGGUUUGCAGGAGUUCCUGGAGAUCACGGAGCUGCCCGAUUACAACAAGAUCUCCUUCAAGGAGCAGGCGCCUGUGCCCCUGGAGGAGGUGCUGCCCGAUGCGUCUCCCCAGGCCUUGGACCUGCUGGGGCGGUUCCUCCUCUACCCCCCACACCAGCGCAUUUCUGCCUCCCAGGCCCUCCUGCACCAGUACUUCUUCACAGCUCCCCUGCCUGCCCACCCCUCGGAGCUGCCGAUUCCCCAGCGCCUAGGGGGACCUGCCCCCAAAGCCCACUCAGGGCCACCCCACGUCCAUGACUUCCGUGUGGACCGGCCUCUCGAAGAGUCGCUGUUGAACCCAGAGCUGAUUCGACCCUUCAUUCCAGAGGGCUGAGACUCCGGGCCCCCCAGGUUUCUCAGUCUGCCUAGCUUGACACAACCUCCCAUGGCCUCCACCCAGCCACGCUAGGUCUGCUCCAUGUCCGGUCCGGCUCCAGCAGAGCAGACCCAUAGCCUGCACCGUCGGCCUCCCCUGUGGGUGCUACGGACUCAGCCAUUGGACGGAGACUGUACCUGCCACGGUACUGGUUCCCCAGGCCCUGCCUCCGGGGUCAGGGCCCAUCCUGCUGGAGCCAUCAGAGGAGCACAGCCUGUAAGAUGUCCUCAUACUGAAAUGAGUGGGAGGGCAGGUUUGUUUUGUUUCUGUUCUCAGAGGCAUUAAAAGCUAGUUCAGUUUUGA